ACCCACCCACCAUUAGUAUUUUUUUUCUGUACCAUUACCAUACAACUACAACCCACAUCCCACCCAUUUCUCUCUCUCAAAUUUCACAAAUUGCCAUCACGCUUAGUAGAAUUCCUCUCACCCUCUCAGUCUCUGUCUCUAAAACAGAAAACAGAAAACAGAACAACCAUGGGAGUGAGCAACAACAUAACAGCAUUCCUAAACUUCAUAGCCCUCCUCUCCUCCAUCCCCAUAAUCGCCUCCGGCAUCUGGCUGGCCUCCAAACCCGACAACGAGUGCAUCCACCUCCUCCGCUGGCCAAUCCUCUUCCUCGGCCUCGCCAUCCUCCUCGUCUCCCUCUCCGGUUUCGUCGGCGCUUACUGGAACAAACAACCCCUCCUCGCCUUCUACCUCCUCAUCAUGGCCCUCCUCAUCUCCCUCCUCCUCAUCCUCAUCGUCCUCACCUUCAUCCUCACUGCUCCCUCCUCCGAUUACUCCGUCCCUGGCAGCGCAUUUCGCGAGUACCACCUCUCCGGAUUCUCACCCUGGUUGAGAGACCAUGUUACCAAUUCCGAGAAUUGGGGGAACAUUAGGGUUUGUCUUGGUGAGUCUAGUUUCUGUGCUAAGCUCAAUGAGGAUUAUAUCUCUGCUUAUCAGUUCUUUGCUGCGCAUAUCUCUCCUCUUCAGUCAGGAUGUUGCAAGCCACCAACUAUUUGUGGAUACCAGUAUGUGAAUCCAACAUUGUGGAUAAACCCGGUUAACACAAUUGCCGACCCAGAUUGCACUCUCUGGAAUAAUGACCAGACCCAGUUGUGCUAUAAUUGUGAUUCUUGCAAAGCUGGUCUACUUGGGAACCUCAGAAAGGAAUGGAGGAGAGUGAAUGUGGUCUUGAUCAUAGCAGUUGUGGUUCUAAUCUGGGUUUAUCUCUUCGCUUGCAGUGCUUUCAGGAAUGUACAAACAGGAGACCACUUCAAAUAAGGUUGGGUUUGAUCUUUUCCUAAACACAAUCCAUUUCCCAAACAAGGUUUGUAACCAUAAUGUAUUUUAUGAGUUUUAAUUUAUCUUUCAUGUGUAUUCACGCAACAAUUGCCAUGUAAUAAGUCCUACAAUAUCAUACAGGAAAUCGGGUAAAAAGUUUCGAUGAAGUUUUUGGUGAUAUAUACCAAUCCCCAAUUGGCUUUUGGGAAUA